AUGGGAAAAUAUUGGCUGGUGACAAUAUUGCAAUACUUUUAUUAUUUAAGUCAUGUAAAAGGUGACCGGGGGGAUUAUAUAGGCUGUUAUAAAUUCAAUAUCAAUGAUGUCUUGAACACUCACAGUGGGCAAUCAGUUGAUGUUUGUUUAUCGGUAUGCGAAGAAGUUUAUUACAAGUACGCUCUCUUAGGUAAUGGCUCCACGUGUUUUUGCGGUAAUAAUCCCGGACAAUUUGAGGUACCAUCAGAAUCGUGCAAUACUCCAUGCCCCAAAAAUGAAACACAAAAGUGUGGAGGUGAUAAUGCUGCUAGUGUAUAUGAUACAGAUGUUAUAGCGCCGGGACCUCCGGCAUCUUUUGACAUUGUAAAUGUUACAGAAACAACGGUUCGUGUUCAUUGGACUGCUCCACAGGCAUAUUCAAUUAUCACUGGGUAUAGUAUUCAUGCGGUUGCUGUUGAAACAUAUGCAGAUUAUUCUCUCAUACCUCUUGAAUGGAGAGUAUCUAAUAGUACAUAUUAUUCAGAACUAUUAAAUCUGCAGCCUGGGUCGGUAUAUAAUAUUAGUAUUGCAGCAAGCAACUAUGAGUAUGAGGGUCCAAAUGUGACCAGAAAAGCUGAAACAAUCAUAGGGACACCCAAUCCAAGUCCACCUGAUAUCAUCAUAAAACAGAGACGAGGUGACCGAAUGGUAGUGCAAAUUCCUGAAGCUAGAAAUGUCAAUGGGCCUGUAUCUAGGUAUAGAAUAGUAGUGUCAAUAGAAUUAUAUCAACAAGGGUUUGUUGUAGAAAACCUGGGUAACUACACAUAUGCAAUGGAACAGGGAUAUCCAUAUUACAUAACAGCUGAAUUGGAUGGUGAAGAUAUUAAACAUGACUUCAUUAUUGGUGACCGAAGUACUUAUAAUGGUUUUUAUAAUGCCCCAUUACCUCUAACAAAUGAUAUUGAAGUAUCUCUAGGUAUUGUUAGUGAAAAGAACCACGCAAGGAAGGUAAGAUAUGCUGAGUCAACUAAAAAGAUUAUUCUAAACAUUAAUGAACCUGAAGAAACGUCACCAUUGGUAGUGGCCCUUGGUGCGGGGAUUGCUAUAAGCGUUGUACUAAUUCUUAUUGGCAUUGGACUGCUUAUAAUUCUCCGUAAGAAAAUUCAGGUAGUAAGAAUGCAAAGAGGGUCUCAUUCAAUGCCUUUAAGUCUGAGUGAACCUUGCAUAGAAAUUGAGAACUCAAGUUUCCUUCAAGACGAAGAUGAGAGAGUAGAUUACUAUGGUAAUUUAAAACGUAAAUUGUGGAAUAUACCUAGAAACCUCAUUGACAUUGAUAUAUCCUGUGUGGUUGGUGUUGGUAGCUAUGGAAAAUUUACAAAGGGGAGUGUACAACAACAUGGAGCUCAAACUCCGGGUUUAGUUCAAGUUAUAUUGGAUAGAGAACUAGAGAAGCAAGAUAAAAGGUUAAUGUUGCAAGAGCUAGAUCUCCUAAUAAAGUCCAGUGAGCAUCAAAAUGUUAUUUCUCUAAUUGGCAUCUGUGAGACAAACACAACACUAUUUGUAGUGUUGCAAGAUUCAAAGCAGACACUCAAAGAAAUGCUUUUACAGUGCCGUCAAAGAGAUUUACAAAAUAACAAGUUUUGUCUGAUUACUGAAAAUAAAGUUAUACAAGUGUGUGUUGAUGUUGCAUCUGGGAUGGAAUACCUACACAGUAAGAAAAUUUAUCAUAAAAGGUUAAGUUGCCGAAAUAUAGUCAUUAGUAAUGAUGGAGUGGCAAAAAUAGCUGGCUUUGGUCUUUCACAUAUACGUCCAUUACAUGAAACUCCCGACUAUACAAGGUGGAUGUCACAUGAAAUGUUACGUCAAACAAGAUUCAAUCCUAAGGCUGAUGUCUGGUCUUUUGGUUGUUUCAUGUGGGAAGCUUUAACAAUAGGAGGAACUCCAUAUAGCAACACUGUAAAUAAAGAUGUUGCAGCAAGAGUGUUAAGGGGGAUGCGUCCAUCACAACCUUCAUAUGUAAGUGAUGAACUCUUCCAGCUAUGUUUGCAAUGUUGGCAGGUAGAUCCCGAUGAGAGACCAGCAUUUACUUCUCUACUUAAUGAACUAGCUCCAUUCACAGACAUACCAGGCACCAGAAGUCUUAGUUUCACUCAUUACAAUGGCUUUACUUACGAACCAUAUGUGCCGCAAUAUGAAAUUGUUUCAUAA